CCAUCCUUAUACACUACUUCAAUUCAUCUCUCUCUUGCUUCUCCCACUCGGAAUCGGCUAUGGUGGACACUCUCAAGUACCUAUUCGGCUCGCCGGGACCUUCCGGGUUCGGCUCCAGCUCCACCGCCGAACACGUCACAGAAAGCACCUCCGCCCAUUGUUCCACUCUCACCGCCAUCAUUACUGGCGCGACGUCGGGAAUCGGAGCUGAAACGGCGAGGGUUCUGGCGAAGCGAGGAGUGAGAUUAAUUCUGCCGGCUCGAACUCUGAAAGCCGCCGAGGACACCAAAGCUCGCAUCCUCUCCGAGUCUCCGAACGCAGACAUCAUUGUGAUGCCUCUCGAUCUUAGUUCUCUCAGCUCUGUUCGCUCCUUCGUUUCUCACUUCCAUUCCCUCCAUUUACCUCUCAACCUUCUUAUAAACAACGCCGGAAAGUUCGCGCACCAUCACGCAAUCUCCGAAGAUGGAUUUGAGAUGACCUUCGCCACUAAUUAUCUAGGUCAUUUUCUGUUGACGGACUUGUUGUUGAAGACGAUGUUGGAAACGGCGGAGAAGACGGGGAUCCAAGGGCGGAUCGUGAACGUGUCUUCCAACGUACAUGGCUGGUUUUCCGGCGACAUUAUCCGAUAUCUAGCUCUUAUAACCCUGGACAGCAGCCAUUACGACGCCACACGUGCUUAUGCUCUGUCUAAGCUCGCCAACAUCUUACACACCAAGCAUCUUGCUCUCAAACUCCAGCAAAUGGGAGUCAACGUGACAGUGAAUUGCGUGCAUCCGGGGAUUGUCAGGACCAGGCUCACCAGGGAACGUGAAGGCUUACUUACAGAUAUAGCGUUCUUGCUGACUUCGAAAUUCUUGAAAACCAUUCCCCAGGCUGCAGCAACGACAUGUUACUUGGCGACGCAUCCGAGGCUGUUAAAUGUGUCCGGCAAGUACUUUGCUGACUGCAACGAAGCUUCCAUGUCAAAACUAGGAUCCAGUUCAACCGAAGCUGCUAGGCUCUGGGCAACUUCAGAAUCCAUGAUCUCUGACGGCCCCAAAUCUCUUCUCCAUCUCCUCGACAGCGAUGAAUGAAAUUAAUCUAUGGAUAUAUAGGGGAGCUAACCAGCCAGCUAUAUAUAUAUAUAUAUAUAUAUAGCUCAUGAUCUCUCUUGGUUUUAGUUGGCUUUUAGUAUAGAAAAGUAGUAUAAAUACAAGUACAUAUAUUAGUAAGUGGUUCGGCUUUAGCGUUGAAGCAAGUGUGUAGCCAGGGUGCAAACUGAGACGAACUGUAAAUUACUUAGAGUAAACGUCAGAUUAAAGUGUAUGUGUGGGGUAAUAUAGUUAACAUAAAAUAUUUGUGCUUUAGUUGGAUUAGAUUGCCAUAAUGAUGAGAUGAUUGUAUGGUGGUUUAGGCUGUACAUGUACAUAUAUAUAUAGUAUAAUAUUAAAUACUCGGGAGG